AUUACAUUCAAACGGUGCGUCUCCUCAUAUGCGUUCAAAAACAAACGAAUGGCUUUUGAAGGAGAUAUCCAACAGUAAAAUUCAUACAAUUCUGUCAAAACUCGAUGGACCAGGCAUCGAUAUAUGCUACGUAAAUUGUGAGGAUGACUUGGCCGUUCACAAAGACAAAUUAAAAGAAUUACGCACCUGUAUAAAAAGGGCAUUAACGACUACAAGGGUAGUCGGUGGACCUAUAAUUCUAUUGAUUGGACCUACGGGUUCUGGCAAAACUACUGCAGUUGAGGUUCUUUCCCGUUCUGUCUUUGGUACAGUUAACGUUGUACAGUUUCUGGAUGAAGGAAUUGGUCAUGAUGAGUAUACAGAAAUCGAAAAGUUUGUUCUAUCUUCUGGAGUUUACGGUGGACAAUCAGUCAUGUCUUCUGAGACUGGAAAGUCACCAGAGUGCACCUCUCCGAUGACAGUUAUGAUCCUAGAAAAUCUUCCUACUGUUGUUAGUGAACAUCCUUCGCGCUUUCAUAACCUCCUUCGUCUUCACAGUACGCGUGCGUGUGUAAAUUGCUUAUUGGUUCUUAUUUUGUCCUCUUCUACGUUCACCGAAAACGAUUUGUGUGAAAGGAUUAUUUGUCCUCCUACCUUAUGUAGUGAAUUACUUAUACAGCGCAUAGAAUUCAAUCCCGUUGCACCAACUCUCGUAGUCAAGGCAUUAAGUAGAAUUGGGAAUAUUUUGGCUAAACAGCUUGGUUUAAAACUACCAUCUCGUCAAUUACUGCAAUCUAUAGCGAAUGACUGUUCUGGGGAUAUUCGAUCUGCUGUUAAUCAGCUUCAUUUUCAGCUUACUUCAGAGAGAGGAAAUUGGAAUAAUUCUACACUGCCACAUUCUCAUCGAGAUGGAGUUUUAUCACUAUUUCGUACUAUAGGUAAAAUUCUCUAUUGCAAAAGAAAGCCAAUAAACAAUGAACAAAUUGUAUCAAGCUUGGAUAAAAAGGAAGGUAAAUUACCAUCACAUUUAGUAACAUGGAGGCGACCUCCACUUGAAUUUGAUCUUGAGGAGAUACUGGAUUUAUGUCAUACAGACGGUGGACACAUUGUCUCAUGGCUUCAUGAAAACUAUCCUGACUUCUCCCCAAAUAUGACUGCAUUAGAACUUGUUUCACAACAGUUUAGUUGGGCUGAUGCAUUUUUAACUGGUGGAAUGAAUUGGCAACUUGGGUUAACACCAGCUUCAGAUUCUUUUGUUUCGCGAAAAUUUAAGCGACCAUAUAACAUUGCAAGUAAAUACUAUCCAGCUUUGACUACAGCACGAACAAUUCUUCUAGCCGAUGGAGUUGAAGAUAUAUCAGGUAGUGAUUUUACUAGAAAUAUCAAAGCAUUUCGUUCUUUCCGUCCACCUUCAACUAUAAAUAGCUGGAAAUUAUGCAAACAAAAACUUGAUACGUUAGAUGACAUUUUCCUAACUUCUAAUUCGUUAUCACCGAUUUGGCUAGUUGAACAUAUGAUUGCAAGUCGUAUUGAUAUGGUUUUGGAUUAUUUACCUAUCAUGUGGAAAGUCCUUGGAGAAGAAUGGUUUUCUCAAUUCAGUAAGCUUGUUUUAACUACUGUUACUGUAUCUGCUAUCCGGAUACCGUUUUUUGGAUGUAAACCACUUUAUCAUUAUGAUGUUAUUAAAUUAUGUGCAACUCAGCUUAAAGUGACUGUAAAUCAUUCUAAGACCGUCAUAUAACUAGACUCCAGAUCCUUCUGGUUUUUGUUCUCUGGCUGUCCUCCCUUUCCACCAUUUAAUGUGUUUUCAAUUGUUGGCUAAUCCAUUCGGCCUGGUCUUUACCUUGGGGCACCCCAGCAGCUUAAGUUAAAUUUUAUCUAUGACUUCUGACAGAGCCCCCAACUUUUGUAAUCUUAGUUGUAUUCCUUCCGUUGUUACACUUUCCUUAAAACUUACCGGUUCCAGCUACGAUCACAUUCCUCGAUAGUUUGGUGACCGUUUCUUGAAACUACUAGAGAAUCAUUUCACUUACUGGAAACGGUUAUAUCACUGGGCAAGUGUAUUUCUUAAUCUAUCCAUACGAGAUGCGGUCUGUUCCCAUCUGUAUGACGAGACAAAGAAGUUACAGUAUAUCUCAGGUUGUUGACUGUUUGACUUCUGAGAACAUUCCCAGUAAUAUCUUUAACGUUAUGUUUGUCUGUUCAACGAAACCAUUACAUUUAGAAUAUUAUAUUAUUCUUAUUUUCUUUAGUCUUAGUAAUUGGGACGAUUCCCUUGUUGAUACGUUUCUAAAUUCUUAUCCUUGGUUUAAAUAUAACUGUCGUGACAUCUCUUAUUGGGUAAUCUAGUAAUCAAGUAAAUCCCUUGUCACCAAGCCUUGUCGAGUAUUGUGAAUUAGUCUACCAUGACUAGUGUACGCUUGUUUCCUGUGUAGCUUCUCAUGGUGGUCGAACGAGCUGUUAAUUUUACAAGUAAUCAGGUCAAUUGGCUAUGAUGGUGCUGUAUAGAUCUAACUACCCAGUUUUUAAUUCGCUUGUAGUACUGUUAUUGUGGGUAAUUCUCAGUAAAGUUGCAUAUAACUGGUUUUUUCUUUCCUAUUCAGAUCUAUGGGCGCUUGCAUUUAGUUUGUUAUAGGUCAGCUCACACAGAUGCGUUAUGUACUAUCUAUUACAAUUUGAUAGAUUUACUGCGCUCAAAACUCCCCGGCUUUUUUUUAUCAGUUGACGAGUUCAGUAUUUAUUUAUUUAUUUCAACACAUAGAUAUUGGUACAAAGAGGCACCAGAUACAUAUGCGCCACACAAAUCAAAUGAGAUUUGUGUGAGGGCUGUGAUACUGCCCAGGUGCCCAAACCGAAGCAGGUGGUUUUCUUAGGGGGCCACACCCGGAGGCUCCGACCUGGAGAUCUGAUCCACAAGGCAGUGGAGCAAUGUCAGGAGAUGCAGUCCCAUUGAAGCUGGAGACCAACGAUUGUUUCAUACACCAUUUGUUCCCUCAAGAUACUGGAGCCCAUGUGCACUAUUGGUUUGGAAUCAGGGUUUUGCAACUCCCCUAGAUAGACUCUCCAUGUCCACCAACCCGGUUAAAGCCCCGGACAUUCGCUUUCGUCCUCUCAUUUCGUAAACAACAGUAAUGCCACGAAAAGGCAGUGAGUAAGAUUUCCCUAGCAAACGCUAUAUACGUGUGGCCAUGUGAGAGCAUUCUUCGAGGGAGAGCGGACUCUCCCCACUCUCGACCGUACCAGGGCAUUUAGGGGCUGACGAGUUCAGUGUUGUAUUUGAAUCUUUUAAAACUUCGUGCUUUGAAUACAUUAUCAAGCAUAUAGGUUUUAACUUCUUACUAGAUAUCUCAGACGUUUUACUAUCAAUGAAACGAAACAUUGAAAGAGUCAGAAAUUGAAAAAUCAAGUCUUAAUUUUGUAUUGUUAGCUUAUUACUGAUUCUGAAUGGAAGUGUACUUAGUUGUAUUGAACAGAUGAUACAAUUUAAAUUAUGCGUUAUAUAGUAAUCAAGCUAAUGUAAACACAUAGUUUACUACAGUAUUUCUUAACUUCGACUAAUCCACGAAAUUGUGUGACACAUCCAUCAUUGUCAUCAAUGAGUUACUAUCUCACAACAGACC